AUGGGCACUGCAGAAUCGUCUCAAUCGUCCGAAAUGGGUGCCAUGGCCGGUCUUAACAAUCAAUCAUCAUUUCAUCGACAAUCACCUAAUAUUGCACGUUUAAUACGUAGUGAAAAUUCAUCAAAAAUGGAAUAUGAAUUUCCGAUAUCGGACGCUUCUCCUAUUAGUUCAUUACAUCAUCAUCAUCAUCAUCAUCACCAUCACCAUCAUGGUGAUAGUGGUACUAAUAAUCAUUCUAGAAUACCCGGCAAUAAUAAUAAUCGUCAUGGUCAUUCACCUUCACAUCAUAGUAAUUCAUCAAAUUCUCCACAACAAAUAAAUAAUAGUGGUCAUAUUUUAGGAAAUUAUGACAAUAUAAGACACAGAAAACUACAUUCAAAUCAACCAUCAAAUAUAUGGUUAUCCUUAACAAGUUGUUUUGGUUGUCGUACACGUAGUUCGGAUAACUCAUCAAUAAAUUCUUUACGUGAUAAAGUACAUGCUAUACGUAUUGUUCGUGCAUCGAAUGAUCUGACACCAGCUGUAUUUGAUUCACAUUAUAAUAUAAUAACACUUGAACAAUUACGUGAAUGUGAUAAUACAGCAAGUGGAACUAUAAAUUCAGUACCAAAUGAUAUAUCUGAUUCAUUGCCUUCACAAAAUCCUGAUUCUGGUAUACCUGCUCAAAAUGGAAAUGGAUCAGUAACAGCAUCAGCAGCAUCAUCAAAAAAAGAUAAUAAUCAUCGAAUGAGAAAGAAAAAGAAAAAAAGAGCAGCGGCAACAACAGCCUAUUCAUCUAAAGCAACAUAUUCUGAUGAUGAUGAUGAAGGAUCUGAGCGGACAUUCUAUUUAAUUAUUAAACUUGUAUCAUUCCAUGUUUCAAUCGUCAAUGAAAGAAUACAUGGAGUCAAACUACGUCAUCGUCGUGCUCAAACAGCACUUUCAUUUUAUGACAACAAUUUAGAUGAUGAAGAUAAAUAUACUAUAUCAAAAUGGACUAUUGUUCGACGACGUUUACCGGACAUUCUUGCUCUUAGUGAUACAUAUAAACCAAAAAGUGUUCGAGCCCAACUUAUUUUGCUUGUUGCUUUAAUGAAUAGACAAACAAAUAAACUUCUAGAUGAAUAUGAUAAUACAAUAUCACAUAUUGUUCCCAGUAAUGUUAUUAUUGAUAUAAGUGGUCGUAGUCAAUUAAUUCGUUUAAAACGUAUACCAUCUGAACAAGUAAUACAUGUUGAUGUUAAUGGUUUAUCGUUUUCAAUUCCAACACGACAAUUUAUAUUAGCUGUAAGCCGUGGUGAUGCAAAUGAAACAGCUGUUCGAUAUUGUCCACCGGCUAUACGUGACAUGUUAAUUGAUUUAUCAAAAACAAAAGUUAUUGAAGAACGUCAACAAUAUAAACGUGCACAAUUUAAAAUGUAUGUGGGUAAAAGUUUAUUUCUUUUUAUAUUUAUGUUUAUAAUUAUAAUGAUGUUAGCACUUAUGCUUAGUGUAACUGAUGCAAUAUUUAAAUUAGAUUCAUUUAAUCAAACAUUAUCACAAGUACCGAUACAAGGUGUAGUAUUAAAACAAACAGAUGAAAUGUUUACGAUAUGA